AUGAAGAUCCAGAUACCGAAGGAUGACAAUUAUAUACUCAUGCUAGAUAAGAUCAGUGAGGAGGAGAAAUUUUUCAUCCACGUUCUGUCAACAUGUGAUGAGAAGAAUCUGAUUGACCACCUCUUUCCCUUUGUGGACUGGGUGUGGCUGAAGUCCGAUUUGAUAGCUUGGGCGCCUGUGUUGAAUCGGUUCGACGACCUCCUGCAUAGCUACAUCCUGCAUAAUAAGUUGAGUGGGGAGGAGACCAGCAUCGGAAGAGGUGGUGGAGGCGUGGAGGUCGGAGCGGAUGGUGAUGCGCAGCCGGGGAGUGCGCCCAUGCAGGUGGAAAAAAGUAGCGAGAAGGGCGGCAAAAAUGACAGUGAGAGGACGAGCGAAAAAAACCAUGAACCGCUGAACGCAGCAAACCAUGAACAGCUGAGCGAACCCCCCAGAGAGUCGUUCAUCCCGUCCGAUCUGCUAGUCGAGCAAAUGCUCAGGUUCACGUUCCUCAUCCUGGAGAACUGCCUAAGCAAAUCCAAGUACAACUCGCUGGACCAUUUGCUCGUGCUGCUCUGGAGCUUCAACCCGAAGAUAUCGAUCCUGUCGGCCCAAAUCUUAAACAUAUACUACCUGUUUAUAAAGAAGACGAAGAAAAAUGAAAGCAAGAUAAGUCUAAUUGUAAAUAUCCUCUCAUCACUAAUUAACAUCCCUGUGCCGAGUUUUUUACACCCAUAUAUAGACAACGACAUAGGACGGAUAAACGACAACAACUACAUUUCUGGCCUAGUGCUGUACUAUCUGCACGACUCAACAGAUAAGCGUUACAUGCAGAACGUGUACAGCAAAAUUGAUAAUAAGUAUCUCCUAGACCUAAUCGAUUAUCACCUAAACCUGGAUAAUGUCACAAUUAACGUCGAAGAUCACGAGAUCCCCUUCACGUCAGUCCUCCCGAAGGAGGUAAAGUAUAAUCAGGCGAAGGAAGCCCUACAAAAGGCAUACGACGCCAUCGUCAAUAAGUACCAAAUGGACGAAAAGAAAACUUUCGACCUAAGACACAAGUUAAGAAUCUACAUGGGAUUAAUAUGUCCCAAGUACAGAAAAAAAUUAUUCAAUUUGAGGUACUUAAUCAUAUCAGGUUCUUUGUCUAUUAACUCCAUCUUGUAUCCCCAGAUCAUUCCAAGCAGCACGAUAUUUUUACAGGAAAUAUUGUACCUACUAAAAUAUCACAAGUUUAUUCAUUUUAACACGCUGCACAUAAUCUUUGACUUGCUGACGACGGCGAUAGAAUCCCAUCUUCACUACAAAGUUGUGUCGGACAUUUUGGGUCUACGAUUACACAGUGGUUUAUUUAUUAGCAUUUUUAAGUACUACUUGAAUUAUUUUCUGUCCACUUACACAGUGCAGAAGGAUAUCUGCCCUCUGCACAUUAUGAACGAGAGCCCAGUGGAAAUGUACAGCACCAAUGAUAUCAACACUUUAUACGUUAAAAAAAUUCAGGAGGAGAAGGCGAUAAGCAUGUCUUCCCCCCCGCUGCAGGGCGGGACGGUGCCCACUCCCGCUAACGGUAACAGUAGCGGUAACGUUAUCGCGGAGGCCAGUAUUUACAGCUCCCUGAGUGAGCUCCUGCCGAACGAAGGUGUGGAGCGGCCACCCAGGCAACAGCACAGUCACCCCGAAGGGAGUGGUGCUCCCUCACAUGAGGAGGCAGCGACCCAUUUUGCAAGUGAUCAUCACGACGCCACCCAUACAGGGGGAGCAAUUUGUCUACCCGCUGCGCAAACCUCCAACCAGUUAAGCACCACGAACGACAAUUCGAUAUUCAAUGCGGAUGCGUUCCGAGGAGAGGAUAACCUCGGAAGGAUUGACUAUAGUGACCCAGCAGGAGUGAUCGGGACCAUGUCCCCCUUUGUGAACAAUCCCCCCAUGAGUGGGACCAUAAAUGCGGUACAAAAUCUGAACAUCUUUGACUAUUUGAGCAACGAAGGCGCUACGAAUAAUGAAGUGAAUUCCACCCACGUUAGAGAUCCACCCAGCGUGAGGAACUUGAAUCUGUUCGAUUUCAUGAACAACGCGGACGAAGUUGACCUGAUGGGUGGUGCCACCACGGAUAACAGGCUAAGCAACCAACCGAGGGAUCGAAACCGACUCAAGGAAGAGACGCAGUACGAAAAUUACAUAAGUGAAGACGUAAUAGUGAGCAAUAUAAAAAAUUGCAAGAAAAAUGCCGAAAGUGAAUUCAUAAAAAUUCCCAAAAAAAUGUUUAAGGAUUUUAAAAAGAAGAAAAAGGAGGUAUGCAUGAUGCUACAGUUAUUGACCCUCUACCAUACGUGCAUUAUGGAACCGUGCCCAAUUCUCACCAUAGCUCAGCAGAAUACGCUAAAAUUUUUCCCCCUAUAUCUGCAAGACAGCUACACAAGCAACUUACCCAUUGUUCAAUUGUUACUCAGAAUUAUGGAGACCCUGUUGGACUUUACGCCCAACUUUUAUUUCACCGCGAAGAACGAGGAGGAGCUGUACAAAAUAUUACUGUCUCGUUUUCAAUACGAAAUAUUUAUGAUGUCCGACAGUUUUUACCACCUGAAUCGGGAGCACUUUCUGAGGUUUUAUUUCGAGCCGUUCGACUACCGCGGGUACGAUCGCACCUUUGUGGAGAGCGAGGAGGAGGCCCGCCGCUACUCGGGCGGAGCGGCGACAGAUGUGGAAGAGGCGGAAGAAGUGGGAAAGCCGGAAGAGCCGGACGGAAAGGUGAACGCAGAAAUAAUCAGCGCCAACUCUGUUGUUGCUUCCUCCCAUCCCGCCGCUCCUUCCGCUCCUUUCGCUGCUUGUUCUGCCUCCCUCCAGAACAGCCUCUUCUCCCGGCGCAAUGCGAAGCUGGUGAAGCUGCUCCAGACGUACGACAUAAACGAGAGCGCCACGGAAGAGACCCUGCUGAACAGGUUCACCUUCUGGUGGAAGCGCCACAUAUAUGAAGAGCGGGUGAAGAUCAUAAAGAUGAUUAUAAAGGCGCUGAACCUCGCGUUGAAGGGCUACUCCCCAACGGACACACUGCUGGACAUAUUUACAAAUAAUUACAUCUCUGUGAAAAUUAUUAAGUACAUUUUGAAGUAUCCACACAAGUUUGGCCUCUGCCUGUACGGCUACAUACUAGGCUUCAUAUAUGAACACAUAUAUGAAGACCCCACGAUUUUGUCUACUCUGUUGAAGGAGGGCCUCCUGAACAUCUUACUAAACAGCAUAGCAGAGGAUAACUUGAAAGACGAAACGGUGUUGAUAUAUGUCCCGUCGCUCCUCUCCCUAAUGUUUAUUCACAGCAUUGGAAAGUCAGCCAUGAGGAAGUUGAAUUACUCUCCCAUAUAUAACCUUUUCCACUAUGUGAUCAAAAUAGAUUAUUUUUUUUUCGACCGAUUUGGAGACAUAGCUGUUUCGAUAGGAAACAUCAUCAAUGAGCUGGAGAACUACGGCUUCGUCAUGAGAGACUUCCUUUCCUUUCACGUCAAGUUAUUGAAGAAGUUAUAUCUAGAGGGGUUAAACUUAGGGUAUUGGCGAUGUUUGGAUUAUGAUUACGUACAGAAGUAUGUAGAGGGGUCAGUAAAGCAGUUGCACCACGUGCAACUGAAGGAUCUAAACAUAGAUCGGUACAAACCCAGAAGGGACAAUUUCUUCUUGGACCGAUUAUCCAUCCUGUGUCGAUGUAUCCUAUCCUAUAUGAAGACCUCCUGGAUUAAAUCCUUUUUAAAGUUAAACGGUCUCAAGUUCUUAAUGGCCUGCACGAAUCUGAUAAGCCUACCUCCCAACUACAUUCACAUUUUCGAGUAUCACUCGAUUUACACCUUUGUGAUGAAGAUAUAUUUGUAUGCCUCCUUCAAGAAUGUGUACAAUGAGUUCCUUUAUCCCCUGUACAACUACAGCAACUUCGUUUCGUAUGUUCAGUACGUGAGUUUACUGCUGUCCGGUUCUUUCUACUUCGACCUGGGGGAAAACAUCGUGGUGGUGAAGCGGUCCGCUCUUCGCGUGGGGGAAAUGGGACAAACGAGUGGAACGAGCAAUGUGUUUGGAUCGGUUGGAGCGGCCGCGAAACCCCUCCAACACGGAAGCAAGUACCUGAGGAACGACUUCUUCGCUGGGCCUUUCAUUGACCGUAACCAGCUGCUCCUCUGCAACAUCACACAGCUCUUCAACAUUUUGUACUUCCUCAUCUCGGCCUACACGGAUGCGAAGGGACUCUACAGCAACGAGGAGAAGCUAUACGACCUGUCCGAAUUGUCAAAUCGGAAAAUUUUGGAAAUAUUUUCAGACGUCCUCGUAACGAUAGAGAGUGUGUUCGAUUUUUACUUUACUCUAUAUUUUUACCAGACGAAUGACUCAAACCAGAACAUGUUUCUGCACCUGAAGGAUAAGGUGUGCAUCCAUGAACACAUCAAGAGAACCCUUCGAAACAGCCAAAAUAAAUCAGAUUAUCUCCUGUACAAUUUGUUCGGAUCAAGUCGCUCCCUCUUCUGUUAUUCGAUUAAUAACAACCUGUAUGUAUUGAACAAAGAUCAGGAGAAAACAUAUAUCAUUUGUGACCACGAUAAUGUAGAUGAUUACAAAAUGACGGAUCACCUCACUGGAUUAGAUAAUGAAGACAGGGUGUAUAAGGCCAUUUACAGAUAUACCUUUUCGCAGGUCCUCAUUGAAUUUAACACCUUCGUGCACAAAAGUAUGAAAAUGCCAUCAGACAUUGUAGCUUUUAAAAAUAAAGAGAAGUCGAAAUUUCAAAAAUACUUUUCCAGUUCGGAGGACACCAUUGUCGGGGUUCAAACCGAUAGGAAGAAAAGCGAUUCGAACUUGGAACACAGUCCAGAUGGUAGCGACGCGGGGGUGAUAACCCACCUUCUUUGUAAUAAUCCAACGACUCAUUGCAACACAGGGAAGGAGACUCGUCUCUCGAGCGGUAACCCCCUUGAGACUGAUUCCCCAGGUGUCCAAAAGAGCCUCUUCAACGCGCAGAGUAUUGCAAACAUGUACGCCGCAUAUCGCACCGACCGUUCUAUGGAAUAUCACUAUGCCGAGAAAAACCAACAGAAAGGAGUAAAGAACGACCUCAGCAUUGGGGACAACGACAGUGACUCCCCUAAGAGCCAAUACAACGACUACUACAUAGAGGACAAGAACAUCCACAUGCACACACGCCUCGCGUAUGAUUCGAAAUACGUCCUGUGCGAAAGCCUCAGAUCGCUGCUAGUGGUAAUUAAGAAGUUUUUCAUCAUGAUUAAUCUAGCAUGCCAUACGAGGCAGUUAAAAUUGAAGCCCACCCCCAACUAUAUCUUUUACAAUGUAAUCCAGCAGAAACACAUUCUGUGCAUCAUUCGAUGUUUAACUAAGUGCAUGAUGAAUGUGCCGGUGGUCAGCAAGCCCAUUCAGGAGAAUCCCUACCUCGCGGGGGGAGCAGCGAGGAGCGUGUACAGCGUUCUGUCUGACCACAUAACGGCGGAGAAGAUCACCUAUUUGAGCGAGCCCAGUGAGGAGAAGAAGCCACUGUCAGGAGGAUUAGCAGCAUUAGCGGCAUCAGCAGUAUCAGCACCAUCAGCAGCAACAGCCUCAUUCGUGACGAUGAAUGGCGGUGCGAACAGUUUCUACUGCUGCAACUGCGGCGGUGGUAGCGUCAACCGGGACUCAGUCGCGCGAAGUGCCUACAAGAACGGAGCGAAGAAAUGGCCCAAGGUUGGAACGAGGAUGGACAAUCUUUCAUGUGAAAGCAUCGCGGAAGGAAUUCCCUCCAAGGAGCACUUACCCCCCUGUAGUAGCGCCAAUUGUGCAGCGCAAAAAAGGGACUCACAGGAGAAGAAGAUUAACCUGUAUGACUAUGCGUAUACCUCGUUCACCAGCCACCAUGUACAGAAAAUAGAAAAUUACUAUCCCGAGCCGUUUUACAUGGGGGAAAUUAUGUGCAAACGAUACAACUUUAACUUUUCCCUGAUCGACGUGGUACCGAAUAAGAACCUUCACCAUAAUGAUCAGGCUGGGCCAGCGGAAAAGGGAAGUGGAAGUAAAAGUGCGAGUGCAACUCGAGAUGCGUUUCCAGAUGUAUCUUCCACUGUGCAGGGUGGAAAUGUGGCCCCGCCCCCCUGCCGAAGCCACCCCGAAAAGGAGGAAUCGCACAACAGGAGAACCCCCCAGGGAAACUUCCCCAGUUACGAUUUGAGCAAGUAUAACAAGUCGUACAUUUGCACCAGCGUUCGGGAGGCGGACGGGACCUAUCGCGUGGUUCGCCACAACGGUAGCUUCAAUUUUGUGAAAUUCGCAGAGGACAGCGCGAAGGAGCCGAGAGGAGCAAGCCAGACGAAUCGCGAAACGGGUCACCAAACGGGUCACCAGACCAGUGACGAAAGGAGCCACCAAACGAGUUACCAAACGAGUCGCGAAAGGAGCCACCAAACGAAUGUGCAGAACAACCUACGUACCAGUAACGCCUCCUCACGCGAGAGGAGAAGAGUGAAGGAUAUUCCCAAGGAAAAGAAACUCUCCCCAGUGAAAAUCAGCAUAGAACAUUACAGCCCGAUGCAAACAGUGAAGUACAUCGCAGAGAUCAUCAACAUCCUGCACAAACUACUGUCGGAUAACAAGCUGGAAUUUAUUAGCUACUUCUAUUUCCUUGACUUGCUAUACAAAGUGGGAACGUUUGACUUCAUUUUCAACAUGUUUAAUUAUGUGAUGAGCGUGUAUAUAUCUCUACUCGCAUUAUACUACAAAAAGAAGAAGGAGAUGAAGGAGGUGAAGGAAGUGAAGAAGAACAAACAAAACGUGAAGACCAAUUUUGUUACUUAUAUUCCAAUUCACAUCAGCAAGAAUUUUACCUGCACAAACACUUACUUCGUUCGCUACGUAGUGAGGAUCAUGGAGCACUAUUCUGGUGCUGAUAUGAGUAUGCUAAAGAUUUACCUCCAAAUUGUCGUUAAAGGGAUAAGCGCCUUUCUGGACUUCUUCGUGAACCUGAUCAACAUUGGCAAGUUUAAUUUGAUGCUCUUCUGCUCCAAGAUGUUGCACCCCCUCACGCGCUUGCACGACUUUGAGAAUCUCUCCCCGGAGAUGAAAGCGGCGUACAAAGAGGGAGGGGGGCCCGCAGCGGAGCGGACAGUAGUGGACCAAACAGCCGCCAACCAAACAGAUGCGAACCAAACAGCCGCCAACCAAACAGCUUCGAACCAAACAGCCGCCAACCAAACAGCUUCGAACCAAACAGCCGCCAACCAAACAGAUGCGAACCAAACAGCCGCUGAACCACACAGUGGUGAUGUAGCCCCUCCGAAUGGAGAGAACAAAGCGAGCAAUCCGUUCCUCACUACCGGGAGCGCGCAAAGUCACAGUAACGGCGCAGGUGGAGAGGCCAAUUUAUUAACGCCCCAGCUCGAAGGACCAAACGAGUUACGUCAGAACAGUGUGGAAGUGGCCGUGUUGGAGAAUUCCCACGUGGGCGCAUUCCCCAGUUCGAGUGAAGUCAAGGGAAAAAAAAAACAUGACACUGCGCAGCUUAGCCAGAGUAACAACCAAGCCAAUGCUUGGAAGGAGAGUAAAAAAAGUGCUGACUUCCUUCCACCUGACGGAAGAGACACCAAGGAAGAAGAUUCUACCAUCUCCCCGCAAAAUGCAAAAUACAAAUCAGAACACACAUUCAAGUACAACGACAACUUCAUAUUCUCUCUGGACUAUUUCGACAUUGUCAACACGAUAAGAUCAGUGAAGUGCGACAUAGCCGAAAACAUAUUCAUGUGGCUGACCUACAUUAACAGUACAAGUGCUAAAAUUAGCAACCUGGGGAAGAAUAACAUAUACAUAAAUUUUAACAACAAUAUAAUAUACACUCUGUUGAGGAUCAUUUUAAAAUUUAUUCAUCACUCGAUUGAAGUGGAACCCAAAAUGCUCGAUUUCUGGGCGAAGGAAAAAUGCAAAGAUAAAAAAAACAUGGGUGGCAAGGAGAAGGAUAAGGACAAGGAAAAAGAUAAGGACGCCUUUAACUACCCCCAUGUGAACAUUUUGGAGGGAUGGGGUCUAAUGGGCUUUGACGAAAAAACGAUUUAUAACUGCCUUAAUUAUUCCGGUACCACGGACCUUGAUUGUACGUUGAAUUAUUUGGAUAAGACCAAGCAGAACGAAUUCUUCCUCAGCAUAGAAAAGGAGAAACUUCUUGCAGAGAGAAAGAACAACGUGGGUAGGAGACCCCCCUACUAUGACUUUGGCUACAACAGCAGUGAUGAAAAUUCGAUAUCGGCUGACAGAAGGGUCGACAUCCGAUUGGGGGCAAACGAGAAUGCCAGCGAGGAGGAAAUCACUGACGCGGUGCAGGUUGCUGCAGAGAGGAACUACCCCAUCGAUGGGAGCAACGCUACUGGGGGUGGCCAUCACGUGGAUGUAAACACUACCCCACCGCCGCCCCUCCUGAGUGAUGCCCCCAAAAAUGGAAAAGAAAAGGAGAAUAUCUUCUACAAAGAUGACAAGUACCUGUUGGAGAAAUUCCCCUUCAUGUUCGAAAUUUUGAAAGAAGCAAAGGCAAAGUCAACACAUGCAAGGGUAUACUACUACCAAACGAUUAUGGAUCCAAACAGCAAGAAAAAUAUGAUAUUAUACCUGCAGUACUACUUAAAGUUACUAAAGAGAAGUCUCUUGCGUACAUAUGAAGAGAAAAAUGAUAUCAAGCAAUUUUGGGAUGAAGAAAAAUAUCUGCUCCUUAGGCAACUCAUUUAUAAGUACAUUUUCAAUAUGCUCAUAAAUAUCAUGAUAACCAUCCCGUUUAAUGAAGGGGGUUACACCAAUCUUUUCCUCAGCUUCCUCCUCAUCGACAUUGACAAGAAGAGUGUCAAACUGUUCCUGGACCAGUAUAGAAAAACCAUUCACGACAAAAACACCAACAAGAGUCGUAUAUUCAACCAUCAAGAUGUGAAGAUUAUCAUUCUGUAUUACUUUCUUGAGAAUAUUUCGAAGAAAAUUAAAACCCUGAAGAAUGAUGAUGCCUUCCCCAUAGAACCCUUCUACCAUUGCCACCACCAGUUCAUGUACUUCAAUAAGAGGAAGAAUAAAAACGUGAAGAAUGGCGAUGAAGGGGGGAUAAAAACGGACAAAAAGGACAACAAAAAUGGGAAUAAAAACAAAUUCGUGCAGAACAGAAAUGGCCUCCCAAACGACGGCGGUGGAGUGAUCCCCAUUUUGCCUCAAAGCGCGGACGCAACGGGACACCCCUUUGGAGAUCCCAACGCGGAGGCAAAUGCGGGAAACACCACCGAUGUUGGCAACGUUAUCAGCAAUAGUACGAUCAGCGGAGCUGUGGCUGGAAUGGGGGAUGCCGUCACCAUGGGUAGUGACCGCGGCCAUGAUGCCCGCCAAGCGGGAAACGAAGCACGCCAGGCAGGAAGCAGCACUGCCGGAAUGACACCAAACGUCGCGCAUAACAUCCCGCAUAACAUCCCGACGAAUGGUGGUCCCUCCGGGGGAAACGCACUGAACACCAUGCGAAACAUGUUGAUGACCACCACGCUACCUAACAGUAGAACCAACAACGCGAUGAGCAGUGCGAACAAUCGCAGUAGAGGAGCAAACCCAAUGAAUGAAUUCUUGGAAGAGUACCAACUGAACAAUAACUACGACAUUAGCAACCACAGCGAUGACAACAUGACUACGCCAUUAUACCCAGGCAGCAACGCAGUGGAGGAAAAAAAUUCAGUCAUAAAUAACAACAAAAAGAGCAGUAAGGAGAAUACUAACCAAGAGGCUGAGCUCGCGGAAUAUUCGAAUGAUCCCAAAAGUUGUAUCUACAGAACCAAGUAUAUUAAAGGAGACAUAGAUGUUAUAUAUGAGUCGCAAAGAGACAUGGAAAUAUACUCCUACCACUUUUGUCUGUACAUGCUUUUUUUCACCCUUUGCAACAUUAUCGAUAAGUAUACGAUAGCGAGAAAUUUGAUUUUGCACAUAGAUAGGAACAUCCUGGACUACUGCAUUUUCUUUUUACACAAAUUUAACCUGGCGUACGUGAAGAACCUGGAAGCGAAUGUUAACUACUUCCUAACGGAGAGCAAAUCCCAAUCGUGUUUAGCAAUUUCCGCCUCGAUUGAUGAACCGAUGUUUUCAAAUGCCCAUGGGGGGGGGAGCUUCUUCCCCAGUGGGGAUUACGCAGCCGUGACGAAUGAGAACGAUGCGGGGAAGAGAAAUCAAGAAAAGAAUAAAAGGAAGAGGAAAUUUAACAAAAUUGUGGCAGCAAGUAGGACUGCCCCCAACACGAAUGAUCAGCUGAACGGGGUAACCAAUGUCGACCCGUGUGAUCAAGGGGUCAUUUUGACUGGGCUCCUCCACCCCUCCCUUUCAAGUGCACAUGGCAACAGUUUUGACGACCCCCCCAGGGAGGAUGCCAAUGACUAUGCACAAAAUGGGAGCCAUAAAAAGUAUGCUCCUCACCUUUGCGACGCGAGGGAUAGUCAUUACAUGCAUCCAGCGUGUGGUGCUGCUGACUUUGCCAACAUGAGUGGAACAUCCCAAGUGGAGCAAGUUAACAACAAGGCACUGCUCCUAUCAGCGCAGGGCCAAACGACAGGGAAUAAUAACUUUCAAAUGCAGAAGAGCCAGACGAACGAGACUGAGCUUAACCAGAAGGAACAGAAAAUAAUAAACCACAUGUACAACAAAGGAUUGGUCAUAAAUAAAAACAUCAAAACGUAUAGCAUGCUGAUUCCGUACUGGAACUUAGCCGACACAGAUAUUUCCGAGGUUAACCAAAAAACGGCCAUCAAUUAUUCCCUACAAGAAAGUGAGGAAAACAAAUACAUCCCGCUGUACUCCAAGCCGCCGUGCUUCUACGCCCCCUUGUUCAUGUGUCUGUACAAAAUUAUCAUUAACUACUCUUUGUACAAUUUUAACGACAAGAGUAGUAAAAAGGUAAUCAAGAAACAUAAGGAGGAAAAAACGAAUGACGAUAAGUACGGCACCAGUUUGGUCAAAAAUGUACCGACGAACAAAAUGGAGAAGGGAACCUCGCAGAGUGAGAAGAAAAAUCUCAGCAACCAUGUGGCAGCAAACAUCAACACAGCAACUGCGCAAAUCGCUCAACCGGUACAGACGAUUACAGAAAACAUUCGAUUUAUGUCAUCGGAAAAACAACACAACAUCAUAAAGAUAUGCAUCGACACGUUGUAUUUUUUCAAGGGCUACAACGCACAACUGUGUAUGAGUAUUUUACAGAUAAUUGAAUAUUUGACUACCACGUACAGCAACGUCAUUUUCUUCAUUUCGUAUGCGCCGCCAAAUGUGUAUAGGAACUUUAGGAUGGUGUUCCAACUGGAGGAAAGGAAGAUGGAAAGGAUCCGAGAAGGAGGCAACAACCUGAUUCAUGAUAGAGGCAGCGCGAACGGAAGGCCCAACACAACAGGGGAGAAUCCUAACGUGGAAUUAUUUCCCAGCAGAGCAGAUGAUCUUUCUCGAGGGGACCUACACAAAAGAGAGACCAUCAUCAAUGGCGGAAGCGUUAUGGAACUCCCCCUUAGAGAUAGAAGUAGUAGCGGAAUGUGUUGUCCCCCCAAUGUUACAAGCAGUGAGCAGCACGACUAUGUCGGCCCCUUCGAGCAGAAAUGCGACCCCCAUUUUGACCUGAACGAGUUAAUCCUAAAUAACAUCAGCAGAAGCGGACUCGGAAUUCUCCUAACCAUUUCGAAACAAGCAAAAUUUAAGGACAUGCUGAUCAUCCUGAUAAACAUCCUCAUCCAGUGCUUCACCGACAAUUAUGUCAUCGCCAACCGAAUUGAAUAUAGUCUCAAGUCAUACUUCCUCCACCACGGGAUCCCAGUCAAGUGCUUUAUGAGAAAGGAUGACUUGAAGUUCAUAGAGGAUGCCAAAUUUUCCAAUGCAUUAGGUGUAUCGCUGAAUGAAUUGAAUGAGGCAUUAUAUCCAUUCAUCUUUAAGAACCCCCAAAUGUAUGAAGAAAUUCUGAGUUGUUUGUGUUUCUUUCCGAACCUGAAAUAUGUGAAAAAGGAUGAAGCGAGUGAUGUACAGCAUCAGGCGGUUGGUGCGCACAGCGUAGGAGGGUUGACGAGCGAACAAACCAAGGAGAAAAGGAACGGGGGAAAUCUCCACAGAGUUGCGUUUAAUGGGGCGGAAAUUGCAAAAGGGACGAAAACCGAUAGGGCAAAAAAGGGGAAGAAUGGCGGGAAGGACUACGGGAAGGACCACGACCAAGAAGGGCGAAGUUCUUUCCAAAGUACCACGAGCAACGACGCGCUAAGUGGCGCCACCGGAAAAGACCUACACGAUGGCGCAACCCAGUUGAGAAGGAAGAAGAGCAAGUGGCUAAAAGAGAGCAGUGCGCAGCAAGCGGAGGCUCCCAAUAGCGACGGAAUCGGCGCAGACAAGUUCUACCUGAAUCUGCUGCCCAUACCGGAGCACAUCAAAUCGAUUUACAUGCUCUCCGAAACGGCCAACAGCACCAAGUAUCUGAGGAAGUAUUUUCUGAAGAACAAUUUUUACAAUUUCUACAUUCUGGCGAUUCUGCUGGAUUUCCUAAACCUGUUCACUAUCAUACAAAGCAAAACGCGGUUAGUAAAGCUUAGCGAAAAAGAGGAAAGGCUACAGUUUAAUAAGAAGCUAAUGGAGAUAUAUGGAACGCAUGCCGACUUUGACACCGAACUGGAUUACAAGGUCAUGUACCCCUUCGCACUGACGGCAGAUAAUAUGCUCUUUAUUGUCAACUUAAUUUUUAAAACAUUCAAACAUUUGAUUGUCUAUUUGGUAAAGAUCCCCAAUUCUUUUAACUCCAAAAUUAUGAAGACCUUUUUUCUGAAUGAUUAUGAUGAGCUUGUUCCCCGUUGUAAGGGGGACGCUGUGCAAUACAAUGCCGCGUCGGUUGGUAUUCAUUCUUUCCAGGUUAACACUACAUCGGGCAGAGAAGCAAAACUGUGUAGCACUGUGUUAGUGGCAUCUGGAAUGAAUCAAGGCUCUUCUAUUCGAAGUAAAACUAGCACGGAUGUUUUUUCUACCAUCUGUGGGGCAAUUUUCCCUCCAAAUGGCAACCACAACAGUCACGGUGGCGACGAUUUGAACUCCCUCAUAAAGGGGACCCAGGAAGAGGCCGCAACCACCUCCUGCGGCGAUAACCAAGUAGUAGUGCAAAGCGAAACUGUGAUGCACAAAAUGGCCAAACCGGAUUUUUCCUCCAAUAAUGCCUAUACUUAUCGAGAAAUGUCUGAGUUUUAUUUACAAAAUUAUAUGCAGUACUAUGUCCUCUUCGAUUUAUCCAAGCUCACGUUUAGGAGCUGCUUGUUCCCUCUUCUGCUGGAAAGGGGGGCAUCCCAGGCGGGGCGCAACGGCAGCAAGGAGAAGGGGAAGGACAGAGGAAAGGACAAGGUGACAGAGAGGGAGAGCGAGAAGUACAUCGAAAGGGAGAAGCUGCUUGCAGGCCAUCUUCUCAGCGGGAACCUCCCCAGAAACCUCGUGUUUACACCCCUGCUGAUAUUUUUGUUUAAACGGAUAUUACCCCAAUUUAUAUGCCUCAGCCACCCGAGCAUCCACACCACAUACUCGCCCAAAAAAUUGGAGGAAAAAUCGAAGUCCACGGAUUACCAUUAUCAGUCUCUCUUAAACAGCAACGAAUUUAAAAAUGUGAAUUAUGUUAAACAUAUUGUCAAUUUUGUUCAGCUCAUUUUUGAUAUUCACUCCUCCAGCUACGAUAUACAUAAGAAAGUGGUGCAAGAGAUUAUGCACCUCCUGAAGGUGUACAGCAUUUUUCAGAAACGGAAGGAACAAUACACCUCUGGGAAAGCAUCAACCAAUUGGCACAACAACGUGUUCGGCACGCUCAUCGAUGUAUUCUCCUACGCUGUAAGUGCUCUGCUGUACAAGCUGGUCAACGAGGAACAAAAUAUCAAGAUAGAGAACAGCCACCUCCUGGAGGAGAAGCACCUGCUCGGCAGUGGCAAGUAUAUUUCCAAGGUGUUGGAGUUUGCACAGAAGGGCGAUGAGGAGCACGACGCCAGGAACAAUGGAGGCGGUCCCAACCGCAACGACAGCGAUGAGGGUGACGACAGUCGGGGCGGGAGCGGCGUGAACGGGGGAAGUGGAAAUGAGGGAAAUCACCACGGAGGAAACGACAGAGGUGGUAAUCCAAGCGGUGGUAAUAACACUGGUGAUGAUAACAACGGAGGCAAUCACAACGGUGGUAAUAACAAUGGUGAUAAUAACAACGGCGGCAAUCACAACGGAGGCAAUCACAACGGUGGUAAUAACAAUGGUGAUAAUAACAACGGCGGCAAUCACAACGGAGGCAAUCACAACGGCGGCAAUCACAACGGCGGCAAUCACAACGGCGGCAACCCCAACGGAGGCAACCCCAACGGAGGCAACCCCAACGGAGGCAACCCCAACGGAGGCAACCCCAACGGAGGCAAUCAAAACGGAGGCAAUCACAACGGAGGCAACCCCAACGGAGGCAACCCCAACGGAGGCAACCCCAACGGAGGCAACCCCAACGGAGGCAAUCAAAACGGAGGCAAUCACAACGGAGGCAACCCCAACGGCGACGGCCGCGACGAUGAGGAGAAGGCCGAGAAGAAGGAGGAUAGCAAUAAAGUGUUCACAUAUAGCAGGGAGCAGCUGGCCCUCUUCCGCAUGGCGCUGUGCAGCUUGCUGAACAAGCUGGACUACACGAAGGAAGACUUCGCCAACACAGCCACGUCCAUCAUUCGCUGCCUCUCCGUCCUGACAUCCGCACCUAUUCUGGGUUACCCGAUAAAAACGAAGAACAACAAACUGUACAUGCUAAAAUUGAACAAACUAAAUGAAAGGAAGGACAGAAAAAUUAAAAAAAUGAAGAGGAAUAAGAGAAGAAAAAAUAUGUCAUCUGUAACCUUUUUAAAUCCAUCUUAUGUGCGCUUCAGAUCAGACUCUAGUAACAACAAUUCGGCUGGCUCCGAUAUUCCCUACUCAGUUGACUCCGAUGUUUCCUACGAGGAACACUUCAUUUUUGACAAUGACGAUAGUAACGAUGAUGAUGACCUUAGAUAUGAAUAUGAGGAGGAGCUGGACGAUGAUUACGUUGACAUGGUUGAUGGUGAGGACAUGGAGGAGGAUGCUGAUGAUGCAGAUGACGAGGCGGACGAGAAUGUAGAGGAUGAGGCGGAUGACGAGGAGGAAGACCAGGAGGAAGACGAGGUAGAUGACGAAGGGGAAGACGAAGAGGACCCCGAUGAUGCAGAUGACGAGGAGAACGACGAGGUAGAUCACGAGGCGAAUGAUGAUGAUGAUGAAGAAGACGGGGCAGACCAAGCAGAUGCAGCAGCGCAUGGAGAGGAGCAAGAUGAUGAGGUGGUAGAACCGGACCAUGCAGAUGAUGUGGGCGAAGCAGAGGAGGACGUUGGCGAGGUGGACGAUAGACCACGAAGGAGGAGGAGCAGGGGAAGAAGAAGAAGAGUAAGAAGAAGAAGAAACGCAGAAUUGCGCAACAACAACAGCAGCAAUAACAACACGUUGAACAGUGCACAGAUGAAUACCGAGGAAAACAACGAAAACUCACUUAAUGAUGGGGCGGACGAAACGGAAGGGAACUACACCAAUGACGAGGUGGAGGAAGAGGAAGAAGAUAUAGAUGAUGAUGAGGAAGAAGACGUCGAAGAGGAUGAAGAGGAGGAUGAUGAGGACGACCUGGAGGAUGAUGAUGAUGAGGAGGAGGAGGAGGAGGACGACGACGACGACGACGAUGAUGAAGCCAUGGAAGAGGAAGAAGAAUACGACGAAAUAGACAUCGAGGAGGAGGAAGAAGAAGAGGAUGAUGGAGAGAGGAACGGAAACGAACAUGAUACUAAUAGAGGCCUACACGUACACGCCUACCUCGUGCAAGAUAGAGACGUCAUUAAUGAAGACAAUCUUUAUGAUCACUCCAACAAUUUGUUACUCCCCCACGAGGUUGACGAAAAUGAAGAGAACAUGUCACACAUGGGGGAUAACAACAAUAACAUCGUCUCGAACCUGGAAUUGGGUUCAGACAGUAGUAACGAUAUGGAUGAAGGGCAGGGGGUCCAUAGAAUUAGAGAAAUUGACGAAACGGAGGACUAUGAUGAGGAUGAUGAGAAUGACGAUGAGGAUGAUGAAGAUGACGAGGAUGACGAUGAUGACGAAGAUGAUGAGGAUGAAGACGACGAUGAUGAUGAUGACGAGGAUGACGACGAGGAUGACGAGGAUGACGACGAAGAGGAAGAAAUCGACGAAGAUGAGGAUGAAGAAGAAAUCAACAGAAAUAACAGCACCUUCCGAAUUAGCCAGACGGAUAAUAACGGCAGAGCAGCGAAUAACAACGCAGAUCUAAUCGACACAGAAAUGAACGUGAACAAUUCCCUUCUGACAUGUAAUGAAAAUCAACACGAAAUUUUAGAUAUCCUGAUGGAAGAGGAUGGCGUAUAUAAUAUUAAUGACGACGUAGAUGAGUAUAACGAUGACUACAUGGACGAUGGGGAAAAUAAUAACCGAGGUGCUAAUACCAAUGUUAACAUGGUGGGCAGUGCACAAAUGGGGGGUGACAACAACGUGGGAACCUCUUCCCCGAAUGUUAAUAGUGGUGAAGAUAAAAAUGGCUACCCGGAUGGAACUCACAGGGCCGAUGACAAAAAAAUUGGGCACGGCGAAGCAAUCCAUGAUGACGUAAUUGGCACCAGCCCCGAUGGGAUAACAAACAGUUUGAAUAUUCCCCAUGUGGAUUCCCCAUCGCAAGUGAAAAAGAGUGCCUAUGGACUGAACGGACCCAUCAGUACUAAUAUGACGAACGCACAGAAUACAGCGAAUUAUCCCAACGUGAUGACCUCCAAUUCGGAAGUGUCCACACAGAACAAAGGUGUUUAUAACGAAUUGCAAAAUGAACUGGAGAGUAACGGAAUUCAUGUGGGAAUAAAUAAUGGGGAAGAUGAAAAUGUUCUUUCUAAUAGUGUACCAAAUGAUAAUCUGAAUUCAAUACUUAACGUACGUUUGAACUCUGGCUUGCCAGUUACAGUUAGUGGUGCCCCGGGGGAGGAAACACUUUUCCCAGCGAACAUGAACCAAGUGACCCAUAAAAGCGUCAACGUUGUUGCAAACGGGAACAUAGUUAAAAGCGAAAUGAGCAACGUAGCUUCGAUUAAAGAACAAGAUGAUGUAGAAAAUGGAGGAGGAGCAGAUAAUAAUAAAUUCGGUGCUAGGAGCACAGCAGCUGCUAUUGUUAAGCAGGAACAAAACAGGAAGGGCUCACUCACAGUUGCGAAUGCUUCUACAAUAGAGAGCGGAAAGAAGAGCGAGUCAGCCGGUGCCUCUGAUAAAAUGCAGAGUUCUUCCAUGGAGGGAACCACAAGCAGGGCGAAUGUAAACGAAAAUGACAUUAACUUGAUAGAUUUGUACUACCAUUUUCACAACAGCAAUAACAGAGAUGUGAACACCCUGCUGGGAGAAAAUAACAGCAUUUUGUAUCUGAACGAAACGGGGACCAUUCACCCUGCCGCGGUGAAGAGUAGCGCGAGUGAUUUGUCGAGUGGGUUACCCUGUGGUUUUCCCACUGGUUUUCCUAGUGGUUUCCCCACUGGGCCUACUGUUGAUCAAAGCGACGGUGCUGGUGCGAGUGGCAUAGAUAUACCCCCAAGCGGGUUAGCCUCCAAUGGGAUACCCAUAAGUGCAGUUCCCCAAAACGAAAUUCCCCUAAAUGGCAUACCCCCAAGUGGAGUCCCCAUAAAUGACGUUCCCACAAACGACCUUCCCACAAACGACCUUCCUACAAACGAAACAAUCCCGAUGGGAUUGCCCCCCGUGGAUACCGCCCCGAUGGAGUUAAGCGAUCGGGAGCAAGGAACGCUUCUAAGCAACAGUAUGGAUAAUUACGGGCCUAUCAACUACACCCCAGCGAGCACUAACAUAUUUGCCCUAAUGGAUAAUCUCUGCUCCAAUUUGUUAACCCUAAAUAGAAGAAGAAACGAACGUUUGAACACUAUGCUGACCACAUCGGUGCACAUCCCAGACGGUGUAAGAAAUAACAGCAUUAACAUCCCCAUGGCAAUCAACGAAGAUUUCAACAUAAGCGGAGGCAUCUCAAAUGAGAACAGUGCAUAUGAUCACAGCAACAUGUUGCACGAAAGUGGUUGUACCUACUACCACCUAAAUCUAGACCGAGUUAAUAACUUCUAUUCCCCCCCGAUGUUUAAUAACUGCUCAAGUAUGAGAUCAAAUAACGCCGACAACAGAAAUAUGAACCAAACGAAUCACAACCUUCGAAAUUUGUUUAACAUUAUUAGAAACUACAACAUCAGCGAUAAUAAUAUUAACUACACGAGGAAUUCCAGUCCCACUCUGAAUGACUUGGGUAGGAGGAGCGAAUGCUCCCUGGACGAACUGAACAGUGCAAAUGUGAUGAACGCAGAGAUGAGAGAAGCCCAUGUGGCCGGUGUAUUCAGCGAGCGGGGCAGCAACGACGCCCCGAAUGUGGGCAAUUACCAGGGUGGAGGCAACAACGUGAGUGGAAGCCCCCCCUUCGAGGAUGGCCCUGACGCGCCGACCGAGAGGAACAACACCCAAGCGAGUAAAAUCAAAAGCGGGAACGCUAUCAAGGAAAAGAACGACGUAGCGAAAGAAGAGAAGUUUAGUCUUACCGACACCGUCCUCGAUAAUGAUAAGAAAUUAAAAAACAGCAUCUGCAACAUGAUGUACAAUAGAUUAUGCAAGGCCAUUCCCAAGGUUCAUAUAAAUUUACCCAUCGAAAAUUUACUGGAGGAAAAGAAAAAACUAAUUCAAAGCAUGCGCAAGAAGGUAGAAGAGAAGAAAGAACUUGAAAGCAAAAAGGAAACGCAAAAGGGCAAGGCAAGCAAACAGGAGCAAGCCAAAAAAAGUGAUCUCCAAAAAGGGGAAGUACCUUCGAAGGAGGAGGAGAAGCUGCAGGCGGAAGAAGAAAGGAACGACAUAACAGAGGAGGUGGAAAACCACGCCGAAAGCCAUGCCCAAGGGGAAGAUAAACAACCUGAUAACAACGCUGCUUGCCCCGACGCAGAUUCCACACCCAGUCAAAAUGCCCCAGUGCAGGUUGCACCAACUGGAACGGCCGACCAACCGUUUGAAGCCGUUUUGUAUGACGGAAGUUGCAGCCCCGAUGUUCCCAGCAGUGAUAUAAUGGGCGCAGAUCAGAACAACCCAACUGACCCGAACGAAGGAAACGAGCAGAAUGACAACACUGACCAAAGUGUCCCCAACGAGGAAGACUACAAAAAUAUUAACUACGAAGAAAUAUUCGACAAUGUGCUGAAAAUCGAAUCGCUGCUCAUAAUCUGCUGCGCCCUCGGCAUAAACGAAGGCCAGUUCUUCCAACUCCUAAACGUCGAUAGGUCCUUUCUCAUUGAACUACCAGAGAAUUUAAUCGACGAAAUUAUCGUACAGCAUUUGAAAAAUAUCACCCUCGUGAGUGUAAACGAACUUGCUCAGGAGAAUGUCCAAAACGAUAAAAAAAUUUCCAUAGAGCUGUACAAGAAGUAUCUUAAAUUUCAGGAGUUUUGCAGGACCUGCAGAGGCGACCAGCAACCGAGCAUCCAUAACGAAACUGCCGUCGCGCAGACUGAUCAGCCAAAUGGCAGCGGUAGUGAUCCCAAUGCAAGCGCGAUUACAACUGCACAUGUGGAAGGAAACGUCGCGUGUCACAACGACAAUGGUGCAUUAACCGAUCCGGUCGGAGAAACCGUCCAGGGAGUGCCAAAUAAUGAUGAGGUCACCGUUGAGGGGAAUGGCCUCCCGGUGUUGGAUGGCCCAAGCGGGGGAACUGCAACCAAUGUGGAAAAUGCGACCAACGUGGAAAGUUCCCUCCAUGGAGGAGCCUCCCCUCACGCGGAAAUCCCCACGAAAAGCGAAGGCGAAAAAAAUCUGCUCAUCUACAACAGCAUAAAGAAGAGCUACCUUGAAGCGCUGCCGUCGAGCGUUCGCGCAGAAAUCAAGAAGAGAAUAAUAGGAAACAGGAGCCAGCGAAACGAAACGCAAGACGAAACGAACAUUGCGUUUAUAGAUUCCUUGACGCCGGAGCUGAGGAGGGACGUGCUAUCCUCCGCCAGCUUAAGAUUCAUAAGAACGCUCACGGAUGAGAUGAUACAAGAGGCAAGAAAUUUAAGAUUUGUGGUGCUGAACAGUCGAUCGAAUUUGCUAAAUGGUAAUAAUCGACCCAGGCAGAACGCCGUCACCAACGCGGUCAGUGGCGCCAUCACCGAUAGGGGCAACACAGAUACGAGUGCUAACUUUAGAGGAAGCAGCGCAGGAAAUGCGAGCAGCUGGGGAGGAAUCACAAGUGGGCCCAACGGGAGCGGAAUGAAUGCGAACGAAAUUGGUGCAAACGAAGCCAAUGCAUUUGGCAUCACUGACAGCGUCAAUCACAGUAACAACAACGUCAGCGCCAGCGGCGCAUCCAGCGCCAACGGGCAAACGGAUAACGCCAAUGUGUCGGCCACCAGAUUAAACGCAAUCAGAAAUGUCAUUCAGGAGCGAAUAACGAACACUUUUUUGAGGAACUCCGUGUCGAACCUAAACAACCCGAGCAGCAGUCAAAACAGCAAUAACAACAGAAGCGGUAACAACAGGACUAACAACAGAAGCAGUAACAACAGGACUAACAACAGAAGCAGAAACAACAAUAACAGUAACAACGUUCCAAUAAUUAGCAGUGGCAAUAGCAGACAUGCACGAAACAACAGGACGCUGUUUAAUGUCCUUAGUAGAGCCAACGCCAACAACAGAAGGCGUCUGAAUGCUUCAUUGAGAAACUCGCUGACCUCACGGACACAGAGAAAUAACUUUAUCAGGAUAACAUACAACGAAAAUAACAAUCCCAUAAUUAUGAUUAAUACGGGGCAUGAAAACUAUGACAGUCUAACCGUUUCUCGUUUCUUGGAUCACUUUCUUGGUGGCCGAUCAUUGAACGGGGCAAUUUCUAACCUACCGCUAUCUGACAGCGCAAACAUGAGCGCCAGUUUUUCGCUCAUUCCGACGAAUCCAGGUGGUGAGAACAGCAAUGGGGAAGGCAGCAGUGGCAAUAACAAUGGCGGGAGCAGCGGCCUUGGCGGGAACAACGCGGGAAACAGUGGCAACAACGGUGGAAACAGUCAUCUGAAUGCAAGUCACCGCAGCGGAAAUAACCACACAGGUGGUAGCAGAAGCAACAGUAUGAACGAAACGAGGCUGUUCCUUAGCCAGGAAAAUCGAUUGAAUAAUGUGGAUCCCAAUUUCAAUCUUCUCAAUGACGACAAGUGUGCAGAGAAGGAAGAUGAUAUAACGUUAAGUAAAUAUUUAAAAAAUUUAUUUCCAACGAAGAACAAAGCAGAUUCAGAGAACUCCAAAAGUAACGCCCUCUAUGUUUGUUUAGAAGAACCCGUAUCGUCACAGGCGCUGAUUGACAUUUGCAGAUUACUGUUUUUAAAAAAAGAAAUCAACAAAAAGAUCAUGUUCACCCUGUUUUGCAAUUUAACGUGUUCGUAUCAGAAGACUAAGAUUUGUGCUUUGCAAUUAUUUAUGAGCAUUUUAUGGUCAGCUUCUGUUGACUUGCAUGGAAAGAAUAAUGCCCCCCGAGUGGUAGCUCUGCGGCAGGUUCUUAAUUUUCCCCCGAGAAUGCUUUACCACAAUGUUAACAAGAAGAACUAUGGACUUUUUUCGGAUAACUACUUCACGACUGCGUAUGUGUCAGCGGAGAGGGUACUAGAACAAGUGCAGUCGCUACUUAUUACCAUCCCACACAUCACUUCGUUCUUCUCCAUGCUGCUGGUGCACCCCGCGUUUUUCGUGCCCAAGGAUAUCAUCGAGCAUAAAGUUGUGGGGCCGAAGAAGGGUGGAAAUGGCGAGUCGAGAAAAAGCCCAAGCAGUAAUGUCUCCGUGGAGGAUCCUCCAAAGGGGGAAUCUUCCCAAGUGCCUCCAGAAAUGACGCAAACUUUGGCGCGAAAAAAGGAAGAACCCGUGGCUGCGCUGCAGGUGACGACCCCUUUGCAAGGCAGUGCCAACAGGAUUAACGACGACGAGGCAGCCAUUCUGCAGUACGAACUGAAGAGGAAGCGACCCAAAAUGGACCAGAAAAACGGACCCCACGCGCUGACACUGAAAACAAAAAUAGAAAACUGCAAACAAGUGGAUAAGUCAAAAAAUGAGUACCCAAUUAACAUCCUAUUCAAGCUGCUGAAUUCGUUCAUAUAUUUAACCUCCAAAAAACUCAUGAGCCACCUCCUGUCCGUCAUUUUCAAUCUUCUAGUUAACUGCGGGAACAAGUGGCACACAUAUAGCAACUUCACUAAGUGGGUGUACACCGAAAAUUUGGAAGAGCUUCUAGAUGUCGAAAAUGCUAACAAUGAGGAGGAGGUAGGGGAUAAAAAGAACGAUGACACGAUCGGCAAAGAGGUGUGUAACAAAGACGCGAACAGAAACAACGCGAACAGCAACGAAGCCAACAACAACGCGGUUGUGUUAAACAACACGGGUGACAGCCGAAGUGGAAGAAGCAACAACGGCAAUAGGAGGAACACAGCGAGUAAAGGCAAAAAACAGAGGAAACACACUUGUCACUUGAAAGAGUUCUACCAAUCCUCAUCCAAAAUUAACAGAGAGCUACUAAUGAGCAUCCGAAAUAUACAGAAGAAUGAACCAGAUAGUGAUAGGAAGGAUUCUACGAAGAAGCCAUUUUACCUGCUAGAAGUCAUAUCAAUGGAUGCCCUAAGUAAUUUUAGCAAACUAAUCUGUAAUUACAAAACGAAUUUUCUCUGGAUCAACACAAAUAACAACAACAACAACAACACGAAUACAGCUUCUAACAAUAACCUCGAGCAAGUGCACAAGCAGGACAUUUCCUCACUAACGCAAAUUAUCGUCAUGUUCUUUUCGCAUUACAAGCUAAAGAAAUGGAAUAUUCAAACAUUGAAAUAUCAUACCCAUGUUUUAAUCAAAAGAAUCAUCUAUGACUUGAGAAAGAUUGUUCACUCCAUACACAACGAAACGUUUGAUGUUUACGCGGUUGAUCACUCGGAUAGUUUGGAACAGAAGCUAAUUGCAUUUUAUCGAGUCAUUACUAUUUUGUUUAAUGCUCCCUCUUUGAUUGACAAUCUGCUUAAUAGAAGUGAAGCCAGCAGAAAUUCCAGUGUCGAGGAGAUUAGCAUCCCCCCUUCUAAGAAUGUACUCGAUUUCAGUCCUGACAGCCCAACGUCUGCUGCUCCAAACGUGGGCAUAUCAAGUGGGGACGCCGCAGCGGGGAAUGAACAAGUUGGUCUCCAUGACAUGGCCACAGGUGCUGAGAAGGCCCCUCCUACUAACCUUCUAAUAAACGAUGCCACAGAAAGAAAAAACACAGACGAAGAAACCAAGUUCGACAUUUGUGCCGAUUUCUUCCUCUCCAUUAACAUCGACGAGCUCUGGGAAGAAUUCAACAAAGCCAUGCAAGUAAUCAAUAAUGCGCUCAUAGAUAAAAAUUACAAAUUUACACACAAUAGGAGCCAUAUGCAGUUCCCCUCAGAGGAAGGAAAAACGGAGCAGCAAAAUGGGACUAUGCUACUACUUCCAAAUACGCAUGGACAGGCCAACGAAGUAGGGGGAGGAGUAGCAGCAGGAGCGGAAGAAGGAGUAAUAUUACCCAACAAGUCCACCCCCUCCUGUACAAAUGCAAACAACAAACAAGGGGAAGCACCACUCGCAGGGGACAUAAACAAAUCGUUCUUCGACUUGGAUUCCUCCUCGAGCGAAACGUCAGAACAGGGGAAUCCCAAUUGGGUGACUCCAGCCAGGCCGCAAAAUGAAGAAGGACCACCCCUCCCACCCGAAGCAGCAGAAAACACUAGCCGCAUUGCACAGGAAAGGCCCCUCCAAAACGGAGAUAACAACGUGAACAGCAACCCAAUGGAAGAGAAAAAGAAAGAAACUGAGAAUGAUCCACCCCCGACCAUUUUAAACUACCUCCUACCACUGAUGGAGGCCUACCUCUUCAUAGAAGAAGUCAUCCUAGUAUCCCAAUAUAAGUUGAAAAAAUUUAAAGAUCUGGAAAAAAAAGUCGCCAACUUAAACAUCGAAAGUAUAAAAAUUAAUGAAAAAUUGGCAUAUGACGAUAGCCCCUUUUACAUUAGCAUAUAUCAUAAGAAGAAGCGGCCGAUGAGAGAUUCAACCGGGGGGGAUCUCAAAUUGGGAAAGUUCAACACUGGAAGCCGAGUCAAUAGCAACGUUUCCAACAAAACGAUGAAAAGGAAGAAGGAACUAAGUGCUUCGUCAGACGAGGAGUUGCAAAAGGAGGAAGAGCACCACAAACAACUCAAAAAGGAGGAAAUCAGUAUGACACAUUUGGCAGAAGCAAAGCCGGAUUCCAACACAGUCCAAUUUAACGAGCUGCCUAAUGACGAUGAUUCGAAGGUGCAACAAAGAAAAGGGGUCAUAAACAAAAGGGAAGAAAUGAUGGGAUACCUUGCAAAUGACGCAGAGGAGGAGAAGAAAGAAGGAGUUGUGAAAGAGCCGAAGAGGGAAGCCAAGUCUGGUGAAUUCCUCACGGGCGAAAAGGGCAGAGUUAGCAAUUCCCAAAAUGGUGACAACGCGGUGGAGACUCCGGGAAGUGGAACGUAUGACUUUGCCAAUCGCAGACCCGGCGCAGAGGAAGCGGCGCAACGUCAGGGUGGAGAACUCCGACACUACAUGGACGAGUACAAUGGGGAGGACGCGGAAGAGGAGAUGAUCAUGAUGCGUACGUUCGGCGAUGCCGCCAGUGACGAUAGAGAUCGUAGCGAUUAUCGCGAUGACAACGAUGAUGACGAUGAGUACAUACAGCUUAAGCUGGAGGACAACGAAGGAAGCAUCAACAGCCGCCACAAGAAGCUCAUCAAGUUUGUAUACAUAAACAGGAGAGUGAUCAACAGCCUGAUAAAGCAGACCCCGAUACUGCUGCACCACAACUUCAAGUCGCUCAUAAAGCUGACCUCGUCCUGCAUCAAUUUCGAAAACAAGAGGCAUUACUUAAGGAAGAAACUGAAACACCUCAAGUCAGGGGUGAGAACGGAACCAAUUCGUUUGAACAUAAGGAGAGAAAAGGUAUUCACCGAUUCGUAUUACCAACUGAGGAACAAAUCUGGGAACGAUUUAAAAGGAAAAUUAGUCGUUACUUUCAAAAAUGAGGAAGGAGUAGAUGCAGGGGGAUUGACUCGAGAGUGGUACUCCAUACUAGCCAAAGAAAUAUUCAAUCCCAAUUAUGCUUUAUUCUGCCGAGAAGGAAAGAAAAGCGAGUUUAACCAUCCAAACCCUCUGUCGUACAUUAACCCAGACCAUUUGCACUUCUUCAAAUUUGUGGGCAAAUUUAUCGCAAAGGCUAUUUAUGAUGGGCAAGUGAUAGAUGCCUAUUUUUGCAGGUCCUUUUAUAAGCACAUGCUUGGAAGGAAAAUCCUCCCAGCGGAUGCAGAAUCGGUGGACCCCGAGUUUUACAACAGUCUGAUCAAAAUUGCAGAGUACAAAUUGGAAGACCUAAAUUUGGAGAUCAAUUUUAGCACCGAAAUUGACGAGUUUGGAAAAACCAAAAUUAUCGACCUCAUCCCCAAUGGAAGAAAUAUCCCAGUGACUGAUGAAAAUAAACACAAGUACAUUGAGCUUCUAUGUGAGAUGAAAGUAACCAACAGUAUAAAGGAACAGUUAGAAGCUUUUAUGGAUGGUUUCAAGGAGCUAAUUCAACCCAAACUGAUCUCCAUUUUCGAUGACAAAGAGUUGGAAUUACUCAUUAGUGGUAUUCCCACUAUAGACCUAAACGACCUAAAAGAGAAUGUCGAAUACCACAAUUAUUCACCUAACUCGAUUCAAAUUAUUUGGUUAUGGGAUAUACUCCAAGAAUUUGAUGAAAAUAAAAAGGCUUCUUUCUUACAGUUCGUUACUGGAACGAGUAGAGUCCCCCUAGGUGGUUUUAAAAAUCUCAUGGGAAUGAGGGGUGCACAGAAGAUGAUUAUUUACAGGGCCUACGGCGAGGACCGCCUCCCCACUGCCCACACCUGCUUCAACCAACUGGACCUACCUGAGUAUUCCUCCAAGGAGUUGUUAAGAAGCAAAUUAAUCAGGGCCAUCAUGGAAGGAAAGGAGGGCUUCGGAUUUAUAUAA